AGUUUGUUCGAACGCAGCUUCUACAGCAGAAGCCGAAUGUAUUUAAGUUUAGUGUUACUUUUUUUCGCUAAUUUAAAUAAAAAUAUAGACUUUUCUUCGUUUUAAAAUGGCUAAGCCAGGAACAGACUCGGAAUCCGAUAAAGAAAAGAAAAAAGAAAGAGGAAGGGAAAAGAAAAAACGUUCAGGUUCAGGAAGUAGCAGUAGUAGCAGAAGCAGUUCUUCAGACAGUAGUUCUUCCAGUUCCAUAUCUUCUAGUUCGUCGAGCUCUGUUUCUAGCUCUCCAUCUAGUAGUUCUUCAUCUGACUCUUCAUCGUCAAGCAGUGACAAUAAUAGAACCAGGUCAAGAAAAAGGUCUAGCUCUACUGCUAAACCUGCAGCCAAAGGAAGAGAUCUAAAAGAUAAAGAAAAAGAUAAAGAUAAGGACAAGAAGGAAUCAAAAGAUAAGGAUAAAGAAAAAGAUAGAGUAGAUUCCAAAAAAGAUGAAAAAGAAAAGAAGGGAUUAACCCCAACCAAAGAAAGAGAUAAAGAUAAGGAGAGGGAUAGAAAUCAUGUCCGUAACAGAUCUAGGUCAAGGUCACCAAGGAAACGCCGUCGUCGUUCUCCAACUCCUCGCCCCACAAAAAUCCAUAUUGGUCGUCUCACCAGAACUGUCAAUAAAGAGCAUAUUCUAGAAAUAUUUGGAACAUAUGGCAGUAUUAAACAUGUGGAAUUUCCAAAAGAUCAUAACCAUCCACAUUUGGGCGCUUAUAUUGUUAUGUUGAGUAUUCUACUGCUGAUGAGGCAGAAAAUGCAAUGAAGCAUAUGGAUGGCGGUCAAAUCGAUGGACAGGAAAUAACAGCAGCCCCUGUGUUGAUCCCAAAACCAAGGCCCAUGCCUCCAAGGAGAUCACCUCUUCCUCCAAUUAGAAGAGGACCUAUACAUAGGAGAACACCCCCUAGGUUUAGAAGAAGAAUAUCUCCUAGACCUAUAAGAAGAUCGUCCCCUAGGCGUAGACAACAUUCUAGAAGUCCACCACCUAGAAGAAGGAAACACUCUAGAUCUAGCUCAAGUAGUUCUUAAUUACAGCUUCUUAAAUCAGAAUUUAACUUUUGCAUCUAUGUAACUUGAAUAAUAAGACAUUUUCAAUGUAAAAACGAGUUUUAUUAAAUGAACUAAAUCU